AUAACUUGUUUUUCUUUUUUAGAUAAUAGAUGUUUGGGCUGAAGUUUUACGGCUGCAGCUGUUUAGAUUACAAUACACCUCCGCAUGAAUUGUGGUUGGUGAUGUGUAGCUUACACACUUUUACAAUUAGUUUUGCACCUGCCUCUCUGCUCCAGACAUUGUAGUUGUGGAUCAUUCAUAUCGACCUAUAGCCUCAUGUUUGUUUCAGACUCUGGACAGGACUAUCUGCUCCCUGGAUGAUCUCUGAAGUUCUUUGUCCGCUAAGUAUUGUGAGCCAAACCUCUUUUCAACGUGCGCAAGGAUCUUGAUUUUUACGCAUGGCUGCCAACCUUUGACAUUAACUUCCGCAGCUCAAAUGUUGAUGAUGGGAUUAAAGGGCAGCACCAAGGGUUGUGAGGAGUCCCAGACCCGGGGUGCCUGCAGCAGUCAGGGCCAGGCACGGCCCCGUAAAUAACCGCGCUGACAGCAUGCCCUCUUGGCCCAAUCUCUCGGAGUUCCUCUCCCGUAACUGCUGCUGGGAGGAGAUCAUCAACGCAACAAGCACCGCUGAGCUGCCUCCUCUCAAUUAUUACUCUAUUCCCCUGCUCACGGGCAUCACCAUCGCCUGCACGCUCCUGUUUCUGGUCGGAGUGACAGGGAAUGUCAUGACAAUGUUGGUGGUCAGUAAGUACCGGGAUAUGCGCACCACCACCAACCUGUACCUGUGUAGCAUGGCCUUGUCAGACCUUCUCAUCUUCCUCUGCAUGCCACUGGACCUCUACCGUAUGUGGAGGUACAGGCCCUGGCGCUUUGGGGCCGCACUCUGCAAGCUCUUUCAGUUUGUCUCGGAGUCAUGCACUUACUCCACCAUCCUGAGCAUCACUGCUCUGUCAGUGGAGCGCUACCUGGCGAUCUGCUUCCCACUGCGCGCAAAGGCACUGGUUACCAAGAGGCGGGUUCGUGCCCUCAUUUUUCUUCUCUGGACAGUGUCUGUAAUGAGCGCAGGGCCCGUGUUUGUCAUGGUGGGAGUGGAGCGUGACAGCAUGUCGCCAAAUGUUAGCCUUGAAAUGAAUGAGACUGGCUACUUCGUGGAGCCCGGGGACACAAGGGAGUGUAAGAUCACGCACUUCGCAGUGGAGUCAGGUCUGAUGGGGGCCAUGGUGUGGCUGAGCUCUGUUUUCUUCUUCAUGCCGGUCUUCUGUCUCACAGUGCUCUACAGCCUCAUUGGUCGUCGGCUGUGGCAGAGACAUAGAGAGACAACCAUCAGCUCCCGUGUGGCACACCGGGACAAAAGCAACAGGCAGACCAUCAAGAUGCUGGUUGUAGUGGUACUUGCCUUUGUCCUCUGCUGGUUGCCGUUCCAUGUGGGUCGCUACCUACAGUUUCGCUCCCUUGACGCACCGUCCCCGCUGCUGUCUGUGGUGUCCGAGUACUGCAGCCUGGUGUCCGUGGUUCUCUUCUACCUGAGUGCCGCCAUCAACCCCAUCCUCUACAACACCAUGUCCUGGAAGUACCGGUGCGCAGCGGCACGUCUCUUCGGCCUGACAGACAGCCAGCCGCCCCGAAGCCGAACAACCAGCACCGUGAAGGGAGACGGCUUGAACGGCUGGACGGAAUCCACAGUCAGCUUCUAAACGCCUUGAUAUCAUUAGAAACACUGUCAGUCAUGCGUUAAAAACAUUGACUUAAAGCCAUUAUUCCUGUAAAAAAAAACUGCUCUGUACAUGAGCGAGGCAAUUGCUUGACUGGGACAUAAAGAAACAGAUGAGAAAAGUGGUAAUCACCAAAAAGCUGCAUUCACUUUGUCAACCUGCAUUAAUAUCAUUUCGAUUUCUGUUUGUUGGAUCGUUUCAGCAAGUGCCCUGAAGUAUUCAUCAACACACUCAGCAGCAUUUCAUAAGCUCGACUGGUGGAGUGCAAAAUACACACCAGCCAAAAGUGCUUUGAUUGAUCCAAGUGUGAACAUAGGUGCGUUCAUGCCCGUCUACACUCACAUAAAUAAAUAUAAUAGACGUCUACAAUUGCCUUAUAUUGUAUUCAUACUCUGGAUGACAAGGAAAGCACUGUAGAACUUGUGGCACUGCUCUGUACUCCUUCAGAGGGGCAGAAGUGCAGUGUGUGCGUGUGUGUAUGUGUGUGUGCGUGUGUGUGCGUGUGUGUGUGAGCUUGCAGGAGAAUAAGAGAGACAGAAAGAAGUAUUUCAAAGUGUGUAUUGUAUGCCAGGUGUCAUGUUUUGAAAGGGUUUUUUCUGUGAUGUGAGCGUGUGAAUAUGUAAAAAUACUGUUAUGGAUGUUUUGACAUACUGAACGCCCUGUAUCUUGGAAAUUCAAGUCCAUGCUUUGUUGAUGCUGCCAAAGAGGGCCAAUCGAGAGUGGAGUCUGGUUCAUGGGUGCCACACUGCAGGUCGAUUUUAGGGUUGUUAGAUAAUAAUACACAAUGCAAACAUUUUCAAGACAUUGUUACGUCACAACAUUUUGUAAUUAUACUCAUUCAAGCUGCAGGUUCUGGCCUAUUUUGAGAAAUCAUCAGAAAAAAGGACAAUUUACAUCAGGGUUUAAGCAGUUAUCAUAAAGUAAAAAAAUGUUUAACAAGUAUAAGGCCCCGUCCACACGGAGACGAUAUCAGUUGAAUCCGCUAACGUUCUCUAUCGCAGUCGUAUAGACGGUUCGUCCACACGAGGCCGAAACGGAAACGCGGAUUCGGAGCCUGAAUCCGAUACACUUUGAUAACGGCUCCCAAAGUGGGUAGGUCUGAGGACGAAACGCUUGCGGCUCCGUUUGUACGCCCUAUACGA